GUCAAAUUAAAAACAGAAUCAGAUCCAAAAUAAAUGAGUAUAUGCCUCGAGACUCCCCCAAAAGUCUCACUUUCUAGUUCUUCACCUUACUAUUUCUUCAUCAUCUUCCCUUGAUAGUUUUGUUAACAUGCUGGUAUGGUAAAAUCAUACUUAUUGAUACUACAAUUAUUGUAUUGUUUUGAUGUUCAUCAAUUCUGUACCAUCCCCCAGGAGUAAAUUCAUCUGUACAUAUUAAACAAAAUUUACUCUGCGGUAAAUUUUUCGACAGGAGUCCCACAAAGGUAGAUUAGAAAGCUCUGGUAAAAUGCUCACCUAAUUCAUUGUUUUUAUUGACUCCAGUGAGAUUUUCUUACCUCAUUCGUUGAAUGCAUGGAGUAUUAUAUACACCACACACAGCAGCACAUGCAAUUUUUGUUUUUAUUUUCUUCUCCCCAUAAACUUGCACCCAGAAAACUAGGUUGAUCCGGGAAAGCCUGCAAGGAAAAUUAUUGUGUUAGGGAAAGAUCAAUCUAUUUUUCUGUUGUAAGGAAUCAAACUGGUUGCAAUCAAGUUGACCCUUAAGCUCUCUCUUGUUCUUGCUCAUAUCCAUGGACUCCGAAACGCAUGAAAAUGGGUACUCUUCUGUUACUAUACCCUUCUUGCAUGCCACAGACGAGAAGUCGCAGAAGGAGGAAGCUGAGGUCCUUCGUCUUCAUUCAGCUGGCCGUACCUCAUUUUUCAACACUUGCUUCAAUGGCCUCAAUGCUCUCUCAGGGGUUGGGAUACUAUCGACACCAUAUGCAUUAUCCUCAGGAGGGUGGUUUAGUUUGCCACUUCUGUUCAUUAUUGCUACAAUGGCUUUCUACACAGCCUUGUUGAUUCAAAAGACCAUGGAUGCAGACCCAAGUAUUAGGAGUUAUCCUGACAUCGGUGAGCGUGCAUUUGGUAGAAAAGGGAGAAUGCUGGCAUCUAGCUUUAUGAAUUUGGAGCUCUACUUCGUAGCUAUAGGGUUCUUGAUUCUAGAAGGAGACAAUUUGCAUAACAUAUUUCCAGACGGAUUUCAGUUAAAUGGACUUAAAGUUCAGGGAAGGGAAAGCUUUAUAAUGAUUGUAGCUCUUGUUAUACUACCUACGAUUUUGUUGAAGAACUUGAGCAUUCUGUCUUAUGUAUCUGCAACUGGAGUUAUAGCUUGUGUAAUCAUUCUUGGCUCAAUUAUCUGGACUGGAACAUUUGAUGGUGUCGGAUUCCACCAAAAGGGUGUAGCUGUGAAUCUUAAUGGUAUCCCGAUUGCUGCUAGCUUAUACGCCUUCUGCUAUUGCGGUCAUCCAGUAUUCCCAACCCUCUAUACCUCUAUGAGAAACAGAAAGAAUUUCACCAAGGUGAUGUUCUUAUGCUUUUUCCUAUGUACUCUCACUUAUUCAUCGAUGGCGGUGUUUGGAUAUCUUAUGUUUGGUGCAGAUGUACAAUCAGAGAUAACUCUAAACCUUCCUAAAUCUAAAGUGGGUUCAAAAAUUGCAAUAUACACUACCCUGGUCAAUCCAAUUGCUAAAUAUGCGCUGAUGGUCACUCCAAUCGUGCAUUCGAUAGAAAGCAGGUUCCGGUCUUACUGCAAUAAACGAUCGUUUAGUCUCUUGAUCAGAAUCACCCUGCUGAUCAGCACCAUUAUUGUAGCACUUGCUGUCCCAUUUUUUGAAUUGCUCAUGUCCCUCGUCGGAGCUUUUCUAAGUAUGACAGCAUCUAUCAUACUUCCUUGCAUGUGCUAUCUGAAGAUUUCCGGUGCUUAUCAAAGACUAGGAAUCGAAACGGGAAUAAUAUGGGCCAUUCUAUUGUUCGGUGUAUUGAUUGUUAUUGCUGGUACUUACACCUCUCUGGUACAGAUUAUUGGCCAAAUGUAAGCUAUGCAUAAUGUAUCAGUUUAUAAACUACAUUGUUAUCAAGAAAAUAAGGAUUGCUGGUAUAUUGUGUUAUCUACCUACAUCUACAA